CAAAAACAUAAUGAAGAGUGAGCAUGUUGCAAUUUUACAGUAGAAUGCUUUGCUAGAGAUCAGAUGUGCUUUAGUACUUUAAUAAUUCUCCCCUCCAUGAGUUGAUGUUGAUUACACAGGAUUGUGGAAAAUAAUUGGUGUUAAUUAUGGGUAUAAUAAUUUUUCUUCCAGGAGAAUUCUAAUAUUUCAUUUACCCAUAUAUAGCCCACAAUAGUUUUCUUGCCCUUCAGAAUUUUGCAUUUCCCUGUCAAGGUAACUAAAACUCCUUGUGGUUUUCUUUCAUCAUUCUAUGUGAAUUACACCUUUUUGUGGGAGUUUCAGGAGCAUUUCUAAACCCAGAUCAUUAUCAAGGUCUCCCGAGAUGGAUCAUUCAAGAAAAGCUUGUGGUUUAAGACAAAAAGCAGCUUGCUCUUAAAAUCAUUAAUUAUGUUCAUGGAAAUGGCUUAAUUAAAUGGAUUUACUUUGCUGAUGUGUAUUCUUUCUGUAACAUGAUUUUCUCUUCCCUGAAUCCUUUUGGAUCUGUGUUGGUAGCAGCCUGAGUUACCCUUAGAGUACAGCUUAAACAGGUGCUUUAUAAAACACGAGAGAGGUGCAACUGUAUCAGUUUUAAAGCAGAUUUUAUUGCUGGACCCGGGGCUGCAUCCACUCAGCCACAGAGCUCCCAGUGUCAAUUUUCAGACCGUUUUUCUCGCUGCUUUCCAUCCCAUCACCCACUGAAACUGAUGUAAAGACAAGACUGGAGAAGCAGAAGAGUAAAACAGAGAUCACUUGUGUGAUGAAACCACGUUGGGGGAAAUUGGUCAGAUACUGGCUGUAAAUUAGGGGUGAAAGGAAUGAAUAUGGACAGGUUUGUUGGAAUGCUUUCCUGUACGGUUUUGAUGUGGGCUUUUUUCUGUGUUACUUAUCCACAUCAAGAUAAGGACAUUUAGGGCAUAGGCUUUUUUACAGAUUAAUGCUUUCUGUGCCAGUGUGUAACUACCUUAUUCAUUUUUUUCUUGCAGAGUCAACUGCUCAUUUUAUUUCAAAAUUGGAGCUUGUCGCCAUGGAGACAGAUGUUCUCGGUUGCACAACAAACCAACAUUUAGCCAGACCAUCUUGAUUCAAAACAUCUAUCGUAACCCCCAAAACAGUGCACAGACGGCUGACGGCUCACACUACCAUUGCCCUCUUGAACAUUUACCGUAACCCUCAAAACUCUUCCCAGUCUGCUGACGGUUUGCGCUGUGCUGUGAGCGAUGUGGAGAUGCAGGAACAUUACGAUGAGUUCUUUGAGGAGGUCUUCACAGAAAUGGAGGAGAAAUACGGCGAAGUUGAGGAGAUGAACGUUUGUGACAACCUUGGAGAUCAUCUAGUUGGAAAUGUAUACGUAAAGUUCCGCCGUGAAGAAGAUGCAGAGAAGGCCGUGAUCGACCUGAACAAUCGCUGGUUCAACGGGCAGCCCAUCCAUGCCGAGCUCUCGCCUGUGACCGACUUCAGAGAGGCCUGCUGCCGUCAAUACGAGAUGGGAGAGUGUACACGAGGAGGUUUCUGCAACUUUAUGCAUUUGAAGCCCAUUUCUCGAGAGUUAAGGCGCGAGUUGUAUGGGCGGCGUCGUAAAAAGCAUCGAUCCAGGUCGAGGUCCCGCGAACGCCGGUCUAGAUCCAGAGAUCGCGGUCGCGGAGGCGGCGGAGGAGGCGGCGGCCGCGAGCGCGACAGGAGGCGGUCGAGGGAUCGCGAGCGAUCCGGUCGAUUCUGAGCCAUGCCAUUUUUACUGUAUGUCUGCUAGAAAGUGUUGUAGUUUGACCAAACAAGUUCAUAAUGACAUUUUUUUUAAAGAUGGGCUUCUGAAUAAAAAAUUUGUAGUGAUACAGUA